GUUGUCCCAAGCCCGACGUCUCCUCGAGCAUACUUCCAGUUCUGAACGAACUCGCAACGUCACCCAACUCAAUCGACAGGACAUCGGUUUGACUUUCGUCAACGCGGUCCACUGGGUAUCCGCUGCCUCGCUUGCGUUUAUGGGUGACCAGCAUGUCUGAUAUCCACCCUUCCGUUGUGGGUCUUCGAGUGACCAUAGUUCAUACGUGCACCAUUGUCCUAACCUCUUGGCGACUCUGGUAUAAAAAAACCCAGCAAUGUUGGUGGUGGGAGGAUGUAUGGGCGGCUGUUGCGCUAGCAGCCACCAUUACCAGUGAGGUCUCGGUCUGGAUUUUUUCUGGAACACCGAUGGGCUCAAAGCCAUGGGAUGGCCCCAUUAUAGCGUCCUGGCUUCUCAUGAUUAAUUUUACCAUAGGUCUUUGGUCGUCUCGGUUGAGUAUGAUAUGUUCGAUUGUAAGAUUAUCAUCGCCCACAAGAAUACGAACCAUCGCUCGUUGUGCGGCAGCAGCUUUCGGAGCAAUUGCCAUCGCUUUACUCGUCUAUAAAUGCUGGUUCUGUGCUCGCUAUCACGACUGGGAAGAAAUCGCUCCGCUCAGUUGCUCUCUGGCGUCUUCUGUAGCCAUCACACAGGUCAUCGCGGAUUUUUUGUCUGACAUGACACUGGUGGUUUUACCUGCUCAAAUCUUGCAUCGGGUCAAGCUUCCACGGAACCAGAGGAUAUUGAUUCUCUCGGUCUUCUCCGGCAGUCUCAUAACCACGUUACUGAGCAUCGUGCACGUUGUUUUUUUCAUCCAGGCCGAUCCUAUCUUGAAAAUUUUAACAGCGCAGCUCGAGUCUUUCGAAGCAAAGACCUGGACCUCAAUCACAGGCGAUACUCGGCAGGCAGCAUGUUCCUCACUACUAUUGUCGAAAUGCCAUCAUCAGACAGCCAUACAACCGAGGAAUUGAAAUUCAUAGCUUAGAAGGAUCUUGGUGUGCCUUGCACCGGUGGCAACGUGGUACUGCACCUUCGUACUUUCCAUUUAAAUGUUAUUGUAUUGUAUCAAUUCGUCAAGACGUGUAUCUCCUCUUAUUCCGUACUGUAUACCUGACAUA